AGAUGAGUACAUACUUGAAAUGGAAAGUAGGUCAUAACAAUGCAGAAUCAACCCAUAAGCGAUAAGCACAAACAAACACAAGUUGAGUAUUAGCCUAUUAGGUUGCACAAGAGAGAACCAAGUGUAAUAAGGGAGUGAUCAACGGAGGAUAAUGAUUUCACGCGGAGCCAUUAUCACCUAAUAAUAUAACUACUAUUAUUUCCAUACCAAGAAGAAGAUUUCUCUCUCUCUCUCUCUCUCUCUCUCUCUCUCUAUUCCCUCACCCUCUAUCUACUGUUUCUUGCUUCCUAUCUUUGCAGCUACCUUGGUAGGGUUCUGCAACAGUACUAGUACUACUUUGUCCGUUUUCACUCUUAAUACAAAAAAAGGGACUCUAACAUCAGCAACAACCGCAGAAAGAUCGCACUAUUAUUUGUGUUGUGGGCCUUUCUGCUUCAAUCAUGCCAUCAGGUGCCAAGAAGAGGAAAGCCGCUAAGAAAAAGAAGGAAAAAGAAACCACCAACAACCUUCAAGGAAUUGAUGAGUCGAAGGUUCAAGAUGAUAAAGGAAGUGAUGGUGGCUCGCCGGCGUAUUGCGACCAUGACCAUCACCAGCCAUUCAAAGAAGGGAAUGAGGAGGCGGCAGAGGUGGUGGAGGCAAACCUGUCAGCUGCUCUACCAUCCGCAGAAGUAGUUCCUACUCGUGAUGUUAAGAUUGAUGAAACUGUAGGACGAAAGGACGAAUUCGGUGUUGUGACAGAGACGGAGUUGAAGGCUGAGGAGGAACGCGAGAUUGGCGAUGGAAAUGAUGUGGAAGCUAAGUCAACAAAGGAAUUAGAUUAUGAGAAAGGCGGUGGUAGUUCAAACGGUGAAGCCGCUAGUGAAAAGAAUUUGAGGGAUGAAAGAGAUAGUUCAAUAAAAGAGACAGUUAAAUAUGAUGAGUUGGUUGAAUCAAUUGAUUCUUCACAUGCCAAAAUGACAUCUAUGGCUGAAGAUGCACCAGCUUGCAUGGCUGAUAAUUCGGUUGUGGAAUCUUCUAAUUGUUCGGCUAAGGCAGCAGGUGCUUUAUCUGAGGUGAAAAGCACUGGUAAUGGAAAUGCACUACAAGAAAAACUGGUAGUCUCUCAAGUAGGAGCAACUGAAUUUGGUAUGAAGAGAAAAGAGGAUGAUAGAACAUCAACUUUCGAGGAACCUAAACCAAAGGAAUUCAACAAUGAAGUGUUUUUAUCACCAGCUGUUUCUAUUCCUUUACCCAAGUCCACAAAUGAAACAGAUGUCAGAGAUUCUGAGACUCCAGAAUGCUCUGAAAAUCAGCCUCUGGCAGCAUCAGCUCCACGAAUGGUCCAAAAGACAUCCUGGUUGAAUUGCUGUGGACUAUUUGAAGUUCUGUCCGGCACAGAGAGAUAAGUACAGAGUGUCUGAGAGACUCGGUCCUCUCCUAGUCUAAUUCUGUAUUUGAACCUUCUGAGAUGCUUUCCUCAGCACUCUCUCACCCCCACCACCCAUAAUUCCACCUCUAACGGAAUCUAUUUCAGAAAAUCAUCCUCUCAGUACAUGCCUCUAUUUCAUCCCUUGUUCACAUGCCAUUCUCUUCUUUUUUUAUUUUUUAAAAGGAUACUCUUUCUAAAUAAACUCUGUCACAAGGUAAAAUGCUCGUAGUGUCAGAGCAGUAUCAUUUAUUAUCUUUCACCACCCCCUUCCAAAUAUACCUUGUCCGCUAGGUGGAAAGCUGGAAACAAGCAAUGAAUCUCUGCUGCCAAUUCCCAUUACUUUCCAAAAUCGGGGAGGUUCUGACACUUGAUUUGUACUUUUUAAUGUGCUGCUGAAUUUGUGCUAACUGGCAAGGCAGCUUCAGGAUGCACUUGUAGCUCAUUCCUUAGAUGGUGCUGCUUGUGUGUUAAUUUUUUGUUUUCAUUCCUUGUUUUUGGUUUUCAUGAAGUUGAAGAGGUUGUUUCAGUCUGCUAUACUUUAGCUUCAGUUAUGUUCUUAGUAGAGGAGAAAGCAUGGAAAGUAUCCCAUGUUUGUAACUUUAGAACCACUUCCAUUCACUCAAAUUUUUAUGGCUAUCUUAUUGAUUUUUAUUGUUCA